AUGAACACUGCUGGUGGGGUGUGUCUGUCUGUGCUGUCCUCUCUCCUGGCCGUGGCUGGGGCCCUGGCUGCCUUGUCUGCCCUCGCUCUAGCUCCACUCUCUGCCCUGGCGGAGGCUGCCUAUGGGGCUGCCCAAGGCGUCCCCAGCACCGGGGUAGAUGGGUCCCCCUCGCCGGUCUCCUCACCAUGCUCCAGCCUUGUGGCUGGGGUGCUCUAUGGCUCUUUCUCCCUAAGGGAGCUCUUUCCCUCCAGGGCACAGGGUUGUUCCUGGUCACUGGAAAACCCUGAUCCCACCAAGUACUCCCUCUACCUCCGCUUCACCCGCCAGCCUGUCAUCUGCCGGACGCACUCCCCCAUGCUCCUCUCUCUUGACCACCACCUGGCCAAUCAAAGCUGUCCCCUUCACUUACAGACAGCCGCUGGGAGGGAUCAGGAAGUCAUUGAUCUUUGUGGCAGCCAAUCCAACUCAGAGGGACCAUACUCCUUCCUACAGUUUGAUAAGAACUUUGUCCAGAUAUGUUUAACGAGACAUUCAGCAGAGGAUGAGGCUCAGGUAUCUAAGGAAUUGCUGGAGCUGAGACUGGUGGAGGUGUUGCUCAUCAACAACGAGAACUCCAGUCAGUUUACCUGCGGCGUGCUCUGCCGAUGGUUUGAGGAGUGUUUACGCACCGGUAACAAUGGAGACCAGGAGGUUUCUGAUGGAGAUGGUUGUGGGAUGACCCAGACAGGAUGUAUCUGUCCAAACCACAACAUCAUGGCGCCGCCUAUUCCGUUGCUCCCGGAGACGCCCCACAGUUUCAGCAAUGGUUCUUUCAGUCCUGAUGACUGCUGCGUCACUGAGCUGCAUUCCAAUGAAGCAAUCGCCAUAGCACCCAGAGAUGUUCGACAAGACCCAUACGAUGAUGAUGACUUGAAGGUGAAGACCCAGAGACCUCGAUCAGCUGACCAGCCAGGUGUGUUUCAAGCACAAACUGGUGACCCCGCGGCAGAGGAGUGGUCACAGUGGAGUGUGUGUUCUCUCACAUGUGGGCAAGGCUGGCAAGUGAGGACGCGAUCAUGUGUUUCCUCUCCAUAUGGGACGCUUUGCAGCGGAGCCCUGCGGGAAACGCGCAUGUGCAACAACACCGCUACCUGUCCGGGUGAACCGGGGAUCACAGGCUCAGUGCAUGGGCUGUGGGAGGAGUGGUCGUUAUGGAGUCUGUGCUCUGUGACCUGUGGGCGGGGCUCCAGGACGCGAACCAGGAAGUGUGUGAACGAAGGCGGGCCCUUGGCUUGUGGACGGCCCGAGAUUCAGACCAAACUCUGCAACAUAGCAGUGUGUCCUGUGGAGGGCCAGUGGUUGGAGUGGGGGCUGUGGUCGAGAUGUAGUGUGACUUGUAACACAGGAACCCAGCAGAGGCAGAGACGCUGCAGUGCAUCGGUGCACGGCUGGGCUGAAUGUAAGGGCCCCCAUCAGGAGAGCAGAGAAUGCACCAACCCUUCCUGCAGUGGUGGAGGUAACUGGGGCAGCUGGAACCACUGGAGUCUCUGCAGCAAGACAUGUGACUCCGGUUGGCAGCGUCGCUUCAGGAUGUGUGAAGCCACCGGACUACAGGGCUACCCCUGUGAUGGCUCGGGAGAGGAGGUCCGGUCCUGUAAUGAGAAGAAGUGCCCUGCUCCUCAUGAGAUAUGUAAAGAAGAGAACCUUCUCGCUAUGUCAUGGAAGAGAGCCUCAGCUGGAGAAACUGUCUACAACAAGUGUCCGACUAACGCCACUGGAUCUGCUAGUCGUCGUUGCAUGCUGGACAAUAAUGGAGUUGCUUUCUGGGGUCCUCCGAGCUUCGCCAGAUGCGUCUCACUUGAUUAUAGAUACUUACAUUUAUCUUUACGAGAGCAUCUCGCGAAGGGUCAGAGGACCCUGGCUGGGGAGGGCAUGUCUCAGAUCGUAAGGAGUCUCCUGGAGCUGUUUCAGAGGAGGAGCUACUACAGUGGUGACCUUCUCUUUUCCACGGAGAUCCUGCGAAAUGUGACGGACACCUUCAAAAGAGCAACCUACAUCCCAGCUCCCGACGACGUGCAGAAAUUCUUCCAGGUAGUCAGCCUCAUGUUGGACAUGGAAAAUCUGGAGAAAUGGGAGGACGCCCAUCAGGUCGCUCCCGGUGCUGCUUUGCUGAUGAGGAUAAUAGAAGAUUUCAUUCACCUCAUCGGAGAAGCCCAGAAGCCUUUCCAAAGUUUCCUGGUGGUUACCAACAACCUCAUGAUAACCGUCCAGCGAGAGCCGGUGUCAGCAGUUUCCAGCGAUAUCAACUUCCCCAUGAAGGGCCGGAGAGGGAUGAAGGACUGGGCCAGAACGGCAGAGGAUAAGCUCUACAUCCCUAAAGAGGUCUUUACCAUCCCGGCUGAAGAGACGGAGACGGAGAUGGAGUCAGAGUCUCCAAUGUACUUUGUCAUCGGAGCCAUUUUGUACAGGACAUUGGGUGUCAUCUUACCAGCACCAAACCCCCCUGGAGUGAUCAUCUCCAAGAUACUUACAGUGACAAUACGGCCGGAACCGCAACCCAGCAAGCCCAUGGUGGUGGUGGAGCUGUCACCUCUUUUUAAUGGUACAUCGGAUCCACAGUGCGUUGUCUGGGACUAUGGCAACCCGGAAGCUGGCGCAGAAAACUGGGGCACAGAAGGCUGCCAAACCCUCGCGUCAACCACUGUCCACACCAAAUGCCUGUGCAGCAGGAUUUCCACCUACGCCGUGUUAGCGCAGCAAGCUAAAGACCCGGACAUGGGUCCUACCAGCAUGCCCUCUGUGCCGCUCAUGGUGGGCUGCGGGGUUUCCUGCACCGCUCUGCUCAUCCUGCUGCUAAUCUACGCUGCCUUCUGGAGGUACAUUCGCUCGGAGAGAUCCAUUAUCUUAGUGAAUUUUUGCCUCUCCAUUUUGGCCUCCAAUUUAUUGAUUUUGGUGGGACAAUCUCAAACGCUAAGCAAGGGUCUAUGUACUGUUACUGCCGCCUUCCUGCAUUUUUUCUUCUUGGCCUCCUUCUGCUGGGUGCUGACGGAGGCAUGGCAGUCCUACCUGGCCGUCAUUGGCAAAAUGAGGUCACGGCUCAUUCGCAAGCGCUUUCUGUGCCUCGGCUGGGGUCUUCCAGCUCUAGUUGUAGCAGUGUCGGUGGGUUUCACCAGAGCGAGAGGUUACGGCACAGCAAGCUAUUGCUGGUUGUCGUUGGAGGGCGGUCUGCUGUAUGCCUUCGUUGGGCCUGCUGCUGUCAUUGUAUUGGUCAAUAUGCUCAUUGGAAUUGUUGUGUUUAACAAGCUCAUGUCACGAGACGGCAUCUCAGACAAGUCUAAAAAGCAACGAGCCGGUGUCCCAGCGGAGGCGCGUAGCCGACUACUCCUGAAAUGCUCCAAGUGUGGUGUGAUCUCGAGCACCGCUUUGUCCAGCUCGACUGCCAGCAGCGCCAUGGCGUCUCUGUGGAGCUCCUGUGUGGUUCUCCCCCUGUUAGCAUUAACCUGGAUGUCAGCAGUGCUGGCCAUAACCGACCGGCGCUCCACACUCUUCCAGGUCCUCUUCGCCGUCUUUGACUCCGUCCAAGGUUUUGUCAUCAUCACUGUCCACUGUGCAAUGCGCCGCGAGGUGCAGGAUGCGGUGCGCUGUAGGAUGGGGGGAUGUAAAGACGACAGUGAAAACUCGCCAGACUCCUGCAAGAAUGGACAGGUGCAGAUCAUGAAUUGCCAAAAUGUGAGCUACUGUGGGCAGCAGUGUGGCGCUCUGCGUUAUGGCACUUCCCCGUGCCUGUCCGGUUGCCACCCACAGCAGUUCCCACCAGCGGCCCAGCAGCAGGCCUGUUACCACAGUCUGCCCCACAGCAACCACAACCACGGGCUGGAGCACAGCCACGCCCUCAGCCACGCACAUGAGCAUAACCACAUCCUGAACAACCAUGCUCAUAACCAUAACCACGCCCACAACCACAUCGGCAGCCAACCAACGGAUUUUGAGAAGGAUGUGGAUUUGGCAUGUCAAACAGAGAGAGGACACCCAUUCAUAUUCAAAGAGGUGAACACCUGUAAUCCGGCCACAAUCACAGGGACCCUUUCCCGGAUUUCCCUGGACGAUGAGGAGGAUCCCAAGCUGGCAGCCCAUCAGGAGGGGGGAGUCGGGGUCAACUUCAGCUCCCUCCCCGGAAACAUCCCCCCUCCCAACCUCAUCGUACAGGUUCCAACCCUGGGCGGCCUCAAUGAGCUGAGCGAGACGCCCCUAAAGAAGGAGCUGAACGUAGAUCAGCAGAGACAACAGGGGCAGCAACGCAGUGGCGCUCCAAUCUACCUGUGCACCGAGAGUGGCCUGGGCUGGGCUCGACCGCCCACUUCCUCCAACACCUCCCAGGACGGAAGUGCCGGAAGCGGGGGGAGCGGAGGGGGAGGCGGAAGUGGAGGAGGUGGGGAGGGAGACUACAUGGUCUUACCUCGUAGGACGGUCAGUCUCAAACCUCCAGGGCCCUCCUCCCAAGGAGGAGGCCUGGGACUGGGUUGUGAGGACAAGCCUCUCAACAUUGCAGUGGAGGAUCCUCCCUUCCCCCCGCCUCCCUCACCCCUGACCCUCCACCCAGCUGAAAGCGAGGCGUACCCGGCGGAUUUUGUGCCGUCGAGUGUGGGCGACAUGAACAUCGCCAUGAACCUCAACCGCUCCUAUGGGACGAUCAAGACCAUGCCCCACGGGCACGCCCACAUGAUGGCUCAAGGUGGUCUUGUACACUCCCACGGAGGACACAUGCACUCCCACGGGCAUUCACUCCAGCUGAAGCCGGGCCAGAGGCCGUCGGUCAGACAGAUUCUAACAGGGGGAACCACAGUGGAGAGAACCAGGACCCUGCCACGCAACUUGGGCAGCACCAAUGCCAACAGCACCCUAUCAGCAGGAUCCCUGGAGAGGAAAAGAGUACGGUACUCUGAGCUGGACUUCGAGAAAGUGAUGCACACUCGCAAAAGACAUUCUGAGCUGUACCAUGAGCUCAACCACUCGUCCAAGUUCCACACCAUAGACAGGUAUAGCAGGGACCCAGCCAUGUCCACAUUCAAGAGGGAAAAGCGAUGGAGCAUUUCGUCUGCCGGAGGUGAAAAGAACUCGUCGAGUGACAAGUCAACCCCGGAGGACCAGAGCUCGUGGGACAGCUUCAAGACCAUGACCCCCGAGCUGUCCAUCGUGCCUGGGGAGCAGAAGGACCGGAUGGAGCUGCACAAUAAGAACUGGGACUCCUCCUCCGCUAACACGCCUGACUCGUCUGAGGGUGACUUCCAGACUGAAGUGUGA